UCGCAGCUGCCACCCUGCCGCGGAGCUCCCAGACGACACCCGCCCGCGGCCGGGCAAGCACCGUGCGCACACACUCUCCAAACAAUGCUCGGUGGCGCCCAGCGGAACGGCUGGCGGCUCGGCGACCGACGGCGAGGCCGGGGGAGCGCGGCCCCGAGGAAGCUGCUCUGUGACCUGCAUCUGCCUCCCUCCAGACCACACCUAAGAGCUGGGUGCAAGAUGAACCAGUGCCCUGUUCGCCCAAGAUGCACCAGGCCGUCCGACUGAACCCCGAGAGCCUGAAAAUGUCUGCGUGCAGUGACUUUGUGGAACACAUCUGGAAGCCCGGGUCCUGUAAGAACUGUUUCUGCCUGAGGAGCGACCACCAGCUGUUGCCCAGAGCAGGCAGCCUGCCCCCUCCUCCUCGCCUACCCCCCAGGCCUGAAUACUGCCGCCUGGAAGAUGACGGUGUGAACAGCUCUCCCUACUCCAAGCCCACCAUCGCCGUGAAGCCCACCAUGCUGAGCUCCGACGCGUCUGACGUGUGGACGGAGGCGAACCUGAGUGCCGACGUCGCGAAGGUCAUGUGGAGACGGCCCCCCGGCAAGCUCCGCCUCCCAGCGCAGGAAGACGUGCCAGUAGUUUACCUGGGCAGCCUCCGCGGCGGUCAGAAGCCCGCCGGGCCUGGGGCUUCCACAGAGGGCCACCCGCACUGCCCACCUGCAUAUGCCAUGGUCGGUCUGCACAGCCUGGAGGCCCAGGGGGAACAGAAUACCGCCUUCCACCCAGUGAGUUUCCCCGAUGAGAAGGCAGGGCGGGAAGCUAAGCCCACGUUUCCCUACCAAGAGCUGACCUCUGCUCAGGAGAGCUUCCGCCAGAAACUGGCUGCCUUUGGCGGGAUGACUGCUGGCUGUCACAAGAGCCCUGGGACCCACCCUAACCCACAGCUUCUGCCGGAGUCCCUGCCCUCGGAGGAUGACAGUGAUCAAAGGUGCUCACCCUCAGGGGACAGCGAAGGGGGAGAAUAUUGCUCCAUUCUGGACUGUUGCCCCGGGAGCCCUGCUGCCAAGGACACCUCACAGGCUGAGGGUCCCCCACGCAGACAUGGUGGAGGGGACUGCUCUCCAUUGUGCUGGGAACAGGGAAUGUGUGCAGGGCCAACUAAGGAGGAGAAGCGGGUUUUGAAUUUCCCAAGAGAGUGCUGUAACCAGGGCCUGACAGAGAACCCGGCCCACCUGGGCCCCAAGAAGCUGUCCCUUACCUCAGAGGCUGCCAGUUCUUCGGAUGGCCUCUCCUGUGGGAGUGCCAGCAGCGGCACCAGCAGCCCCUUCACCCCCCAUCUCGAGAGUGAUUACUGCUCCCUCAUGAAGGAACCUGUGCCGGGGAAGCAGCAGGACUCUGGCUGCCAAGUGGUGACCCCUGGCAGGUGCCUUGGGCUGACUGGGGAGCCCCAGCCCCCAGACCACCCCAGAGAAGCUGUGCAGCCUGAACCCAUCUAUGCUGAGAGCACCAAAAGGAAGAAGGCAGUACCAGUGCCUUCCAGGCCGCAGGCCAAGACAGAACAGGCAACAGCUUCUCAGAGCCAGGUACGGACAGGCUGGGCUCAGAAAACAGCAUCCGGCUGGGGCCGGGACAGGGAAGGCCCAGACAUGGCCCCCCAGAUGGCUGCCACCAUCACAGUCAUGGCAGCACACCCAGAAGAGGACCACCGGACAAUCUACCUGAGCAGCCCUGACUCUGCGGUGGGGGUGCAGUGGCCACGCCAGCCUGUGUGCCAGGACUCUGAGGCAGGCGACGAGGAGACGUCAGCUGGGCAGGGGAUGAGCUCCAGGGAAGGCCCCCAUCCCACAGCCAGUGGGAACAUGCCCAAGGGGAGGCCUGCCAUUCCUCCUAAGCUGUCCAGGAAUAGUCCUGGAGGGUCCCCGGUAUCACCAUCUGCUUCCCCGCUGUCUGACCUCAAUGAGGGGAGCCCCAGUGGCAGCAGUGGGCCCCAGCUUUCAUCCAGGAUCCCCGCUGACCCCGCUUCUUCCUGUCAGGCCAACGGUGUCACUGACCGCAACUCUGUUAAGUGUCUGCCACCGUCCACCACUAACUCAGCCUUGGACCAGAGACGGCCCCGAUACCAGACAGGGGCCUGGAGCCGUCAGUGCCGGAUAGAGGAAGAAGAGGAGGCAGAGCAGGACUUGAGUCAAGGUUGUGGAAGGGAGAUGGAAAAUGGCACCACAGACCCCUCAAGCUCCUCUACCUGGCACCGUCUCUGCCCCACAGAUGGCUCCUCAGGACAGCACAGCAAAACCGGGACCGGGAUGAGUAAAUCUGCCUCAUUUGCCUUUGAGUUCCCCAAGGACAGAAGUGGGGUUGAUGCCUUCUCACCUCCUCCACCGCCUCCAAAGUCGCGGCACCUUUUAAAAAUGAAUAAGAGCAGCUCUGAUUUGGAAAAAGUGAGCCAGGGCUCCGCGGAGAGCCUCAGCCCGUCCUUCAGGGGUGUCCACGUCAGCUUCACCACGGGCUCCACGGACAGCCUGGCCUCGGACUCCAGGACCUGCAGCGAUGGAGGCCCAUCAUCUGAACCGAAUCACUCACCCACCAACAGUGGGAAGAAGCUCUUUGCUCCUGUUCCAUUCCCUUCGGGCUCCGCUGAGGAUGUGUCCCCCAGUGGCCCCCUGCAGCCUCCGCCUCUCCCCCAGAAGAAGUUAGUGAGCCGGGCGGCCUCUUCACCGGAUGGCUUCUUCUGGACCCAGGGCGGCCCCAAACCGAGAACGGCAAGUCCCAAGCUGAAUCUCAGCCACUCGGAAACCAACGUCAGUGCCCAUGAGGAAUCCCACUUCAGCUUCUCCUCAAGCCCCGGGAACCGCCACCACCAUACCUUCUCCUCUGAGCCUCUGGAGAAAACUUUCAAAGGCAGUGGCCAUUGGGUCCCAGCCGCAGGGCUGGCAGGCAGCAGAAGCGGCAGUGGCAGCCCCAGCCUCCAGUGCAAAGGGGUCCCGUCGUCGUCCCAGCUGAGCAUGGCCAGCCAGGCCUCCACCAGCAGCACCCAGCUUCAGCUCCACAGCCUCCUGAGCAGCAUCAGCAGCAAGGAGGGCACCUAUGCCAAGCUGGUGGGGCUCUACGCCCAGUCCCUGGCCCGGCUCGUGGCCAAGUGUGAGGACCUCUUCAUGGGCGGUCAGAAAAAGGAGCUGCACUUCAAUGAGAAUAACUGGUCCCUCUUCAAGCUGACCUGCAACAAGCCCUGUUGUGACUCAGGAGAUGCCAUUUAUUACUGUGCCACCUGCUCCGAGGACCCCGGCAGCACCUACGCUGUGAAGAUCUGCAAAACCCCUGAGCCCAAAACGGCCUCUUACUGCAGCCCGUCUGUGCCCGUGCAUUUCAACAUCCAGCAGGACUGCGGCCACUUUGUGGCCUCGGUGCCCUCCAGCAUGCUCGCCGCGCCGGACAUGCCCAGGGACCCUCUGCCUGCCCUGCCCUCUCACCCCCCUGCCCAGGAGCAGGACUGCGUGGUGGUCAUCACGCGCGAGGUGCCCCACCAGACUGCUUCUGACUUUGUGCGGGACUCGGCCACCAACCAUCAGUGUGAGCCCGAAGUGUACGAGCGGCGCGUGUGCUUCCUGCUGCUGCAGCUCUGCAACGGGCUGGAGCACCUGAAGGAGCACAGGGUCAUUCACCGUGACCUGUGCCUGGAGAAUCUGCUGCUGGUGCACUGCACCCCGCAGGCCACUCCCGGCCCCGCCGCUGCCACCCCCACUCCCCCUGUGUCCUCGGCUUCCUCCAGCACCCCUCCCACCGCCACCUCCCUUUCCCCUGCUGCUACUGCCUCCGCCUGCCCGUCGGCCGCCCUCCCAGCCAGUGUCACCCCAAGCACCGCGGCUCCUCCCGCCUGCCAGGGCGUGCCUAGCGAGAAGCACUUGCCCCGGCUCAUCAUCAGCAAUUUCCUGAAAGCCAAGCAGAAGCCAGGCGGCACCGCCAACCUGCAGCAGAAAAAGAACCAGGCCCGGCUGGCCCCCGAGAUCGUGUCUGCCUCCCAGUACAGCAAGUUCGAUGAGUUCCAGACGGGCAUCCUCAUCUACGAGCUGCUCCACCAACCCAACCCGUUCGAGGUGCGGACCCAGCUGCGAGAGCAGGACUACCGGCAAGAAGACCUGCCCCCGCUGCCCAGCCUGUCCCUCUACUCGCCCGGCCUGCAGCAGCUCGCCCACCUGCUGCUGGAGGCCGACCCCGUCAAGCGCAUCCGCAUCGGCGAGGCCAAGCGCGUGCUGCAGUGCCUGCUGUGGGGGCCGCGGAGGGAGCUGGUGGAGCAGCGCGGCACGACGGAGGACGCGCUGUGCAGCACCUUGCACAACUGGAUCGACAUGAAACGGGCCCUGAUGAUGAUGAAGUUUGCGGAGAAGGCGGUGGACCGCAGGCGCGGGGUGGAGCUGGAGGACUGGCUGUGCUGCCAGUACCUGGCGUCCGCGGAGCCCCGAGCCCUCUUACAGUCCCUGAAGCUCCUGCAGCUUCUGUGAACGCUGGCAGCCCCCAGCCCUGCACUUUAGCUGCCCCUUGCCGUGCCUGGCCCCCGUCCUGACCCCCACACCCUACCUUGCCUCGGAAACACGUGCGUGUUCCUGGGAGAUGGUACAAAUGACUGUUAUACUGGAUGUAAUAUAUAUACAUAUAUAUAAUAUAUAAAUAAGAAGGACUGGAUGUCAUUGCCCGCUCAGGCCUUCUGUCCUCCCUGUCUUCCCAGUUUUCCCCCACAAUUAUGUACAUUUCUAGCGCAGUGCAAGGUCCUCAGGAUACUUCUGCCACAGAAUGAAGCCUGGACUCUGCCUCACUACCCCGUUAUGUGAUUGCUUCACCCUCCUGUCAAAUCCCUAUUGAAAAAAAACCAAAAAAAAUUUUUUUUAAUUUUGAAUGAGUCAUGAGCAAAACUCUUUUUAUCCCCAAGCGUCCAAGUACAUUAGCAUCGUUGGUGGGUAAAGUUGAACAUAAGCCUCUGAAGCAGUGGCCAGGCUACUUGCAGUGUCCUCGGUCUUCUCGUGAGGCAGAGCAGCAGGCCAGUAGGGCCUGGCCUGCUCAGUACCAACUAAUCUUCCCUGCUUUUUUUCCCACCUGGCAGUCUCUUAGGAAGAAUGCAGACAGCGCUGUGGUGAUCCCACAGAUUCGGAAUUCAAUCCCACGGCUCUAAACCAUUUCCAGUUUGCUAAAGCUCGUUACUAUUUGUAUCAAUCAGAGACCUGGCUGAAAACAGAACCCUCCUCAGAUGGUUCAAAUGCCAAAACCUUAACACGGGACCAUUUGGAAAGAUGUGGCAGGGUUAAGAGGAAAAACAAAGCUGAGGCAAGAGCAAGUGCUGGCAUGAGAGAGUCACCUACUCACUCUCCCUGUUUUCCACCUGUCAUUGCCAGGAAAAGACCGAUGGGACACCAGACAGCCAGGGGGCUUGGGUGUUACAGUCGGCAGGAUCAGCCUCCCUGGGCAGGGAAAGGGGGAGAAUGCAUGGGGUGCCAGUUGGCACACAGCCCACUGUUCCUACUGUACUAGAUAAUGGCAGUACAAGAAUAGGACUCGGCUGUUUCCACUCCCAGACCAGUACUUUCUGCUGUUAUAAGCUCUUUCCCAUUUCCCUUUCUAAAAACUCGUACAUUUAACACACUUACUGGCACCUACUACCUACCGUGUUUCCCCGAAAAUAAGACCGGGUCUUAUAUUAAGUGUUGCUCCAAAAGACACAUUAGGGCUUAUGUUCAGGGGAUGUCAUCCUGAAAAAUCAUGCUAGGGCUUAUUUUCUGGUUAGGUCUUAUUUUUGGGGAAACAUGGUACUGUAGUCAAUAUUUGUCAGCAUGCCUUUAAAAGUGCACAGAAUUAGAAAACUACAGAGCUUUCUUCAUAAGGAAACACACAAAAAGUCAACGAUGACUCAUUUGAAAAGAAACAGCCCCCAGACCCUUGUAAUUUUAUCUAAAGGCUAAUCUUCCAAUUUGUGAACUAAUUUCUGAAACCUUGUUAAUAAUUAUGGACGAUUUAAAAUAAAUGCAGGGAUUUUAGUGGAUGUCUUAGAAACCUAGGAAUGUGACUAGCAACUGGGAUGGGGGAAAUCUCCCAGGUCCCCUUCUGUAUGUUAAUGUUAGUCCUUUUGCAAGCUCCACCUUCCUGCCAUGGACUACAGGUAUAAACACAUCCACAUUUCCAAAUAUCAGCGGUGAAGAUAACACUUGUGGAGCACAUUUCUUAUUUCAAUUGUUGCUUGAGCACUCAGGAACUGGUUAAAACCAGCUUCCAACUAUGUUUGUACAAGAGAAAGAAAGAAUCUUUGAACAUGGAAAUCAUAAUUCUCCAUAGGACCUGUCUUCGUUUCAGAGAGUAUUAUUUUGACUAUUGUUUGUUCCUGGGAAUUUUCCAGGCAAAUCCUCCACCCUGGAUUUUGCUGUCUUUUGCUUUCUUGUCCUUUCUCACUUCAUGUAAAUAAACAAUGGAGAGGGAGGAAACAAAUAUUCUGCCAGGGCAAUGCAGUGCCAUUUGGAAACACAUGUCUAAAGAGGCACAUUUUAAAUCUCUGAAUUAAUUGUACCUUUUUUAUAUGCCACCCACCCACUUCAGAAAAAAAAAAAAUUGAGAUUGUAAAAAAUGUUUUAAAGAACCAAAAGGAACCAAAAAGUAAAAGUAGAAAGAGAAGAAACUAUGACAAUAAAUUCUGAUUGAGAAAAAUGAUAGCAAUCAAACAUAAAACUUAACUUCUGAGCUUUCCGCCAACCUAGAAAAAGUAGAAGACAGCUGGUUGCAGAAUUCUUUGUGUAAUUUUAGGAAACAGUUCAGUUCAUCAGGAGGAAGAAAUCUUUUCCCAGUGCUUGGUUCUAAAGGGAAUUUGUCAAGGAUUUUCUUAUUUAAAGACAUUGAGUAAUGUCCUUGAUAUCCGUUUAAAAAAAAAAGAAAAAGAAAGAAAAAGAUUUUUCCAGAUAGGGCAAUUCCUUUUUUUUUUC